AAUCUUUCCCAGCAGCCCUUCCCUAUCAGCCUUCACCUCCCAGCCCUUCUCCAUCUCCCUCUGUUUUAACGCUGGUUCCUGGUCCCGGCGCUCGGAAGCUCUCGGUGCGAUGCCAUCCUGCCACGUGUCGAGUGUGAGGCAUCCUUCCAAGUGGAUGUUUCCCCCUCUCCUCCUUUUGCUGGCUGAGCUGGCCUGCGCUGCCCACCCCACGUACCAGUGGAAGGAUGCUGUGACGAACGAGAGGAUCACGUGCCAGCAGUGCCCUCCCGGGACCUUCGUGUCACAGCACUGCUCCAGGGACAAACACACGGAGUGCAAGCCCUGCCCGGAUUUGCACUACACUCAGUACUGGAACUACCUGGAGAAGUGCCGCUACUGCAACGUCAUCUGCGGGGAGAAGCAGGUGGAGGUGCAGCAGUGCAAUGCCACACACAACCGCGCCUGCCAGUGCCAGCAGGGCUACUACUCCAACAUGGAGUUCUGCAUCAGGCACUCCGAGUGUCCCCCGGGCUCUGGGGUUGUGCAGCCGGGUACCCCCUUUGAGGACACCCAGUGCCAUGACUGUCCCCACGGCUUCUUCUCCUCCAACUACAGCACCAACCCAUGUCAGCCACACCAGGACUGUGAGCAGCAGGGGAAGGUGACCAACGUGCAGGGCAACAAGUACCACGACACCCUCUGCACAUCCUGCAGGCUGGGGAGAGGCAACAGCACACAGGGAUCAGCUGAAGAAGAUGAAGACUGCGAACAAGCCAUGAUAGACUUUGUGGUGUAUCAGAACAUCCCCGUCAAGAAGCUGAAGCGGCUGCAGCAGAUCCUGGAGCACUCGCCGAAGAAGCAGGCACCAUGGACCAGGGCAGCCAUCCAGGAGAAAUUCCGGGCUUUCCUCACUCACAAGAAGGAGGAGGACUCUGAGGUCACCAAGGAGCUGCUGGAUGCGCUGCGCAUGGUCAAGCUCCACUCCAUCGAGGAGAAGGUCCGCAAGCGCUUCCGGCUGCCCUGAGAGCAUGAACUGGACUUUUUGGGUGCUCUUUGUUCUGGCUUUUAUCUUCUGAGGCUCCAUUAAUUUAUUCAUCUUUCCAAACAUAACUUGAAAAGCAGCAUGAGAGAUGAGCGAUGGAGUGGCACUGUGACAUGGCUGCUGUGUCACUGCUGAUGGGAUGGGAUGG